AUGGUUAAAGAGGGUGAUGAAGAAGGUGGAAGGAUUGCAGAGUUGGUGUCGUCGACUGGGGCUUUGACUCGUCGUCGUCGGAUCGUUUUUGGUUGUUUGCGUGUUAUGCAGGUUGAGAGUGAGUAUCUUCCUCUAUACAAAAACCAUGGCAUCAGACUUACAACAUGGAGUCCUCUUGCAUUUGGAGUUCUGACUGGAAAAUACAAUUUCGGGGUUCCACCGGACAGUAUAUUUGUGGUGGAAAAUUAUAAGAAUCUGUCGAGUCAAUCAUUGAUGGAUGACGUGCUGAAGAAAGUGAGGAAGCUACAACCGAUUGCUGAUGAACUAGAUGUGCCAAUGUCUCAACUUGCGAUCGCUUGGUGUGCUGCAAACUGUCACACUCUUCCAGGAUAA